AUGUACGGCGGCGGGCGAUAUGGUGGCCAUGGCGGGUAUGGAGGCAUGGGUGGAUUCAUGGGCGGAGGUCGAGGGCCAGGUCUUGUUCCAACCUAUCAAGACUUGAUAGAUGAGUACGAAGCCAUGCGGGGCAUGUCAGGUACGAGUGGGAUGCCUGCCAUGGAUGAAAUGCCCGGAAUGAGCAACAUGAGUGGCGUUGGCGGAACUCAAGCGAAUCGAAUCAUGGCCGCUUGCGACCCCAUGCAGAUGGGUGAUGUCAAACGUGGCGCACAGGCUUUACUCAGGAGGCUGGAAACAGAUCCGCAGGGUGGUGCGAUGAUGUUGCAGCAGGUCGGCUGCCGAGACGUGGCUACAGCCAUGAGAUCAUUAAGAGCUCAAUUGAUUGCCAUCAUAACAGGCGGUGGUCAGGGUGGAUCUAUGAUGCCUGGUGAAAGAGGUGAUACAAUGGGAGGCGGGAUGCCUGGCAGGUGGUCCGGUGCAGCGAACAGCGAAGACGGUGUUGGCAUGGGGGGUGGAAUGCCAGGUGGACUUUCAGGAAUAUUCUCAGGCGCCACGUCACCUGGGAUGGCAGGUAGGAUGGAAGGAUCGAGGACUGGGUUUCAAGGAGGGCCCAACGGCUAUAUGGGCAAUGAAUUUCGAAGCCAAAGCGCUUUCGGAAGGCCGCAUAACUCAGGAAUCGGCCGUGGUCCGUGCAGACAUGUCCACUUCAACAACGAAGAGGAUAUUGGGGAUGAAGGCAGAGGAAGUGGGCUGCGAGGCAUGUUCGGCGGAGGAAGACAUUCUUCGGAGUUUGGUGCUCCUGGAGGAGGCGAGAGCUCAGGCGCUUCAAUUUAUGGGGACUUUUUCAGGUUUGGCCGCCUCUGA